UCAGUGUUUCUAAAGGUGAUAGAUGGGAGGGUUCCUCAGUGUUUCUAAAGGUGAUAGAUGGGAGGGUUCCUCAGUGUUUCUAAAGGCUCAGAGGAACCGCCUGUCUUCCUGGAGCUACACUACAACGGUUGUCCUGACAACACACAGUGUCCUCUACUGCUGGUGGGCAAGGGCAUCACCUUUGACAGUGGUGGGAUCAGUCUAAAGCCUCCGUCAGGUAUGGACGCGAUGAGGGCUGAUAUGGGAGGAGCCGCCACGGUGUGUUCCGCCAUCGUCACGGCAGCAGCCCUCAACCUGCCAAUCAACAUCAUAGGUCUAGCACCUCUUUGUGAGAACAUGCCCAGUGGGAAAGCCAACAAGCCUGGAGAUGUCGUCACCGCCAAGAACGGCAAAACCAUACAGGUGGACAACACAGACGCAGAGGGACGGUUGAUCCUAGCAGAUGCUCUCUGUUACGUGCUUCAACCCCAGGGCCAUCGUCACCUACCCUCACUGUACGCUCACAGCUUCAACCCCAGGGCCAUCGUCAACGCUGCUACCCUCACUGGUUAG